CUACUUCGUUCUGUUGCAGUUAUCACAACGCAAUUUAUAAUUACGUUUGUUAUAAUAUGACAAUAAUUGAAUGCAAUUUGUAAAUAAGCCUUAACAGAGUCAAAGUGAACCUAUGAUUAUCUUAAAAUGGCGACAAAGGCUUUGAUAUGCAUUGAUGCACAAAAUAAUUUGUUUUGAGAUUCAAAAAAUGCAAUUGGAAUAAUUAUAUAAAUAAAUACAGAGUAAAGAAUAUUUGUAUGCUUCAUGUAUAGUUAAAAAGAUUUUUAAGUUCUGAUUUAAUGCCAUCUAUUACAAUAACCCUAAUUUGCUUAGUAAUUUGAAACACAAUAUUAACACUUUAAUAUAUCUUAUUAAUACAAUUUAAAUGCUAAAUAAUAUUAAAUUAAAAUUUUAAUAAGAUUUCAUGAUGAGUGAAUUUAAGUUACAUCGUUUGAUCGACGAGCUCACUGGACUUUUGGGAUCUGAUGCGUCACCAGUAAAGCUUGCUGAUAAAUUAUUGAAAGGCAUUGCUGUAAAUUCUAUAGGUAUUAAUGAUGUUCCAUCACAAAGUUGCAUCUUACGUCUUGCAAAGAAUUCACCAAAUCCGGAUCUCUUCCUUCAGAAAUAUGAAGACCUCAAAUCUAAAAAGGUGGAUUUACUUGGUCCUUUUAUUAAGCUUCUAGAUCUCGUAUCUGAAGAUAAAGUGCUAAAGGAUUAUUUAGCUCGAAAUGUUUUGCUUGCUGGCUAUUCAAAUACGUCAAAAAGUUCAACAAUAACAAAGGAAGAUUUGCCACAAAUACGGAAGAAUGUGAUUAAAGCAGCUGUUGAAGGGGAACGUAAGCUUAUCAAGCACACUGGAGCUCUCAGCAAACUGAAUGACGUUGCACCCAACAAGCACAAUUGGAUCGCUGAAAGGCCACGGAUAUCCUGGGAUUUUCAGUCUGAUACUAACAUAGCAUUACUACAAAAAGUGGUACCUAUAAUGUCUCAGGAAACCAUAUUGCUUUGGGACAUUUUAUACUGUUUGAAAGGAAUGGAUGGAUCCUAUAUUAUUUCUGAGCCACUAACAGGUCCUUAUGAUAUCAAGACAUUUCAAAUUGCUCCAGAUGUGGGUACAUCAUACAAACAACUUGCCCAACAAAUUUUGCCUUUAGCCUCACAUUAUUCAAUGACCGUCCGUUUUGUUGAAGAAAAGGUGUUGACCGAUGAUGGUCAAGUCAUUCACGCUUUGCGUGGAGCCCUCAGUUGUUUAUUAAAAGAUUACCUGCUGUUUGUCGUUCAGUUAGAAAUGGAACAUAUACGUGGUAAAUUAAACUUGCAAAAGCUUUGGUUUUAUAUUCAACCUACAUUAGCUACAAUGUCAAUACUUGCACAAAUCACUGCAACAAUUUGUAAGGCAAACGCUAGAGGUGGUAAAGUUUUGAGCCUUCUUCAUGAACAAGUGAAUAACAUGAGUGGCGAAGCAAAGUCUAAAGAACUUUGCCUGUUUCUUAUUCGCGCUGCAAGUAUUCCUUAUAUGCAAACUUUAGAAAAAUGGGUUUACAAAGGUGUUAUAUGUGAUCCUUAUCAGGAGUUUUUGGUCGAGGAUAAUGAGUUGAUUCAACGAGAGGAACUGCCCAUGGAUUAUUCUGCUGAUUACUGGGAAAAGAGGUAUACAAUGAGGCAUGAAAGAAUUCCUGUAUUUCUUAGUGAGCAUGCACAAACAAUUUUACGAACUGGCAAAUAUUUCAACGUAAUUCGUCAAUGCGGCAAAACUGUUCAAUGGGGAAAGCAAGAACCCUUAGUGUAUCAACAUCGCGGACAAAAAUAUAUUGCGGCCAUUGAUCGAGCGUACUCCGAGGCAGCGAGAACUCUCCUCGAAGUUUUGAUACACGAGAAUGAUUUAAUGGGUAGACUGCGCAGUGUUAAAAAUUAUUUCUUGCUUGCGCAAGGAGAUUUCGUAGUACAAUUCAUGAAUUUAUGCGAGGCAGAACUCACUAAGAGUAUGUAUGACAUCGUAAUCCAUCGGCUAGCAUCAUUGUUGGAAGUUGCCAUGAGACUAUCGACAGCUGAUUCUGAUCCUUACAAAGAUGAUCUGAAGCCCGAGUUGUUACCAUACGAUUUACAAUUCCAAAUGUUUCGUAUUCUGUCGAUACAAACACGCGAGGAGGGUGAAUAUUGUCUUCAAGCUGAUAAAACUCUGACUGGAUUAGAAGCGUUUGUGUUUAAUUAUGACGUGAAAUGGCCCGUUUCCUUAAUAAUAAACCGGAAAGCCAUUGCUUGUUAUCAAAUGCUCUUUCGUCAUCUUUUUUAUUGUAAACACAUAGAAAGACUUUUAUGCCGGGUUUGGAUUAGUAAUAAAAUCGCCAAAACCUUCACACACGAAGCUGCCAUGGCCUAUAGGCAGGCGUUUUCGCUGAGGCAGAGAAUGUUAGAUUGCGUUCAACACUUAGAAUAUUACAUGAUGGUUGAAGUAAUCGAGCCAAAUUGGCUGACAUUCAUCAAUAAGAUGAGCAAGGUGAGCAACGUAGAUGAUGUUUUGAGUGUUCAUCAGGAUUUGCAAGAUAGUUGCCUGAAGGAGUGCAUGCUUACGGAACCUGACCUUCUCGGAUGCAUCACGGAUUUGUGCAGUGUCUGUGUGGAGUUUUGCGAUUUUAUGCAGCGUAUGAGCCGCUACUACAUUGACGCCGAAUUGACGUCCAUGAUCAACUACGGGCAGGAUGAUGUCUAUGAGCCUGAGGACCAUCAAAAAGCAUCAGAAGAAGUAAGUUUUGAAGAGACAAUCACUUCCUUGGAUAGCCGCUUCACUGAAACGUUAAUAAAGUUACUUGAUAGAAUUUGCCAUUUGGGCUGCGAUAAUGCCAAUGAGAAACUGCUAAAUGUUCUAUCAAGGUUGGAUUUCAAUCUAUUCUACACGGAUAUAUUGGUUCGUCGUAGUUCCGAGAAGACACAAGAACAACCACAAGCACAAGAUGUCUCAGGUUGAGAAAGGACACAAUAUUCUAAAGAAUCUAUUUCCCGAAGGAAGUACACAAGAAAGAAAAUUUAAAUAUAUGUAGAAAAUCAUUUAGCAUAUCGGCUAGUACGAAAUUUUUCCAUACAGUUUGAAAAUGAGACACGUAUUAAUUGAUAUUAAAAAUUCUCUAUACAUUUUGUGCUUUAAAUGAAGGAAUAGAAUAAAAAUAAAAUUAAAAGGA